AGAGGACAGGGGACAACCGAGCAGAUGGCGUCUUCGACCCCUUCUUCGUCCGCAACCUCCUCGAACGCGGGAGCGGACCCCAAUACUACCAACCUGCGCCCCACAACGUAUGACACCUGGUGCGGCGUGGCCCAUGGAUGCACCAGAAAACUGGGGCUGAAGAUCUGUGGCUUCUUACAAAGGACCAACAGCCUGGAAGAGAAGAGCAGGCUUGUGAGCGCCUUCAAGGAGAGGCAGUCCUCCAAGAAUCUGCUUUCCUGUGAAAACAGCGACAGGGAUGGCCGCUUCCAGCGCACAGAGACCGACUUCUCCAACCUGUUUGCUCGAGAUCUGCUUCCGGCCAAGAAUGGGGAGGAGCAAACUGUCCAGUUCCUGCUGGAGGUGGUAGACAUACUCCUCAACUACGUCCGCAAGACGUUCGAUCGCUCCACCAAGGUGCUGGACUUCCACCACCCCCACCAGCUGCUGGAAGGCAUGGAGGGCUUCAACCUGGAACUCUCUGACCACCCUGAGUCCCUGGAGCAGAUCCUGGUUGACUGCAGAGACACCCUGAAAUAUGGCGUCCGUACAGGUCAUCCUCGAUUUUUCAACCAGCUCUCCACUGGACUGGAUAUCAUUGGUUUAGCUGGCGAAUGGCUGACAUCAACUGCCAAUACCAAUAUGUUUACAUAUGAAAUUGCACCAGUGUUUGUCCUCAUGGAGCAAAUAACACUUAAGAAGAUGAGAGAGAUAGUUGGAUGGUCAAGUAAAGAUGGUGAUGGGAUAUUUUCUCCUGGGGGAGCCAUAUCCAACAUGUACAGCAUCAUGGCGGCUCGCUACAAGUACUUCCCGGAAGUUAAGACAAAGGGCAUGGCGGCCGUACCCAAGCUGGUCCUUUUCACCUCAGAACACAGUCACUAUUCCAUAAAGAAAGCUGGGGCUGCACUUGGCUUUGGAACUGACAAUGUGAUUUUGAUAAAGUGCAAUGAAAGGGGGAAGAUAAUUCCAGCUGAUUUAGAGGCAAAAAUUCUUGAAGCCAAGCAAAAGGGAUACAUUCCUCUGUAUGUCAAUGCAACUGCCGGCACGACUGUUUAUGGCGCUUUUGAUCCCAUACAGGAGAUUGCAGAUAUAUGUGAGAAAUACAACCUCUGGCUACAUGUCGAUGCUGCCUGGGGUGGCGGGCUGCUCAUGUCUCAGAAGCACCGCCAUAAACUCAGCGGCAUAGAAAGGGCCAACUCAGUCACCUGGAAUCCUCACAAGAUGAUGGGCGUGCUGUUGCAGUGCUCCGCCAUCCUGGUCAAGGAAAAGGGUAUCCUCCAAGGAUGCAACCAGAUGUGUGCGGGGUACCUCUUCCAGCCAGACAAGCAGUAUGACGUCUCCUACGACACUGGGGAUAAAGCCAUUCAGUGUGGCCGCCAUGUGGACAUCUUCAAGUUCUGGCUGAUGUGGAAAGCAAAGGGCACGGUGGGCUUUGAAAAUCAGAUCAACAAAUGCUUGGAGCUGGCAGAAUACCUCUAUGCCAAGAUUAAAAACAGAGAGGAAUUUGAGAUGGUUUUUGAUGGUGAGCCUGAGCACACGAAUGUCUGUUUCUGGUAUAUUCCACAAAGCCUCAGGGGCGUUCUGGAUAGCCCUGAGAGACGGGAAAAACUACACAAGGUGGCCCCGAAAAUCAAAGCCCUGAUGAUGGAGUCUGGCACGACCAUGGUUGGCUACCAGCCUCAGGGGGACAAGGCCAACUUCUUCCGGAUGGUCAUCUCCAACCCAGCCGCUACCCAGUCUGAUAUCGACUUCCUCAUUGAGGAAAUAGAGAGGCUGGGCCAGGAUCUGUAA